CACAUUUACUACGAAAGUGGUAUGCACUACCUCGAGUACAAUUAUUAAAGGUCGAAAACAACCUUCCCGAAACGUGUUUUAAAGCUAAGAUAAACUGCAAUUAGUGGUAAGAGUAGGUACAAUUAGCUUGUCGAAUCGAUUAGUACAAAUUUCCUUGCGGUAAUUCCCAACGUAGUAAAUAAGCGCGUUAUUGGAUCCGUAGAAAAUUUUUAAAAGCUUAAUUAAAAAAGUGCAGGUAAAUUGCUUUUAAUUGGGCCAAAUCGUAGAGGUGGUAUUUUGAAGUUUGCGAUAAGUACCUACUAUCAAAAGUUCUUGCGCGAUCCACUCCGUGCGUGCUUGUAGAUAGGAUAACAUCGUGUCGUUCGUCCUCGAAAUGUGAUUGUGCUGUUAUUGAAGAGAAGAAAAAAAACGCGCGUCCAAAAUGACGAUGAAAUUAGAUGGCCAACGCAUCAGCAAGAAUCUCUUCCAAUAUGUCGCAAUGUUUUCUGGUGGUCUGGCGAUCAUUUGCAGCGGAAUGCAUUACGGAUGGCCGUCGGCGUCGCUGCCCAAACUGGAGGGAAUCGCGACCAACGAGGAGGGAUCCUGGAUGGCAGUCAUGCCGCUGGUUGGUGCGAUGUGUGGUUCGCUCUGCGGAGGCUUAGUGGUCGAUCUAAUCGGGAGGAAAAAAACGAUCCUACUCUCUACGUUUCCAUAUUUCAUAGGUUGGAUUCUGGUGGCCUAUGCCAAGUCAGUUGUUGUGAUACUCGUGGCGCGUUUCCUCGCCGGAAUCGGUGACGGCUUCUCCUUCUCCGCACUUCCCAUCUACCUAGGAGAAAUAUCAGAUCCGCGCAUUCGAGGAUCGAUCGGAUCUAGCAUUUCGGUAGCUUGGAUUUUCGGCAUCCUACUGGCGAACGUUUUGGGAUCGUACCUCUCUGUCACACUCGCCGCGCUGAUAUCGUCCGUCCUUCCUGCCGUCUGUCUGAUCACGUUCAUCUGGAUGCCGGAGAGUCCCUACUAUCUCCUAAUGAAGGAGAACGACGACGAGGCGCGGAAGAGCAUGGAAAUCUUUCACGGGAAAGGUAACAUCGAAAACGAACUGGAAAGGAUGGCAAAGGAAGUGAAGGAGCACAACGCCAGCAACGGAAGGUGGGUGGACCUCUUCCUCGUGCCCAGCAAUCGUAGAGCACUCAUCGUCAUGCUGGGCACGCGCGGCUUCCAACAACUCACCGGAACUACGGCCAUCACCUUCUACGCCUACACCAUCUUUGACAACGCCAGCAGCCUCGUCUCCCCAAGCGUCGCCUCAAUUAUCUACUUCACAGUGCAAGUAAUUUUCUGCGUCAUCUGCUCGAUGAUCGUUGACAGAACGGGCCGUCGACCGCUCAUGAUCAUUUCGAUAAUCGGCUCGGGCAUCGCCCUCUUCAUCGAAGGCACCUACUUCUUCCUAAAGGACGAGACGAACAUCAACGUCGACGACUUCAGCCUGGUGCCGGUGAUCGCGCUGGUGCUCUUCGUCGUAAUGUUCAGCGUCGGCAUGCAGGGCGUUCCCAUUUUACUCCUCAGCGAGCUCUUCCCGACGGACGUCAAGGGUUUCGCGGUCUGCUUCGCGGACAUCUACUUCAGCGCGCUGGCGGCGACCGUCUCGAAGUGUUUCCAAAUCACCAAAGACCAUUUCGGCCUGUGCGUGCCGUUCUUCGCCUUUACCGGUUGCUGUAUCGUCGGUUUAGUUUUUAUUAUCUAUAACGUACCCGAAACGACUGGGAAGACUCUCGAAGAGAUUCAGGAGGGAUUUCGCAGCGAGGAGGUCGAAGAUUUUAGAGAGCGUUAUAAGGAGAACGAAGAACUUUGAGACUGAUUACUGUUUUAGUAUUUUAUUGAUCUUUUGAUCCUUUCUGUAGUUGUUAUUCACAAUGUCGUUCCUUUUAUUUAAAUAAACAAAUGCUAAGCUAUCGGA